AGUCCAUUGUGCUUGAGGAACUCACCCAUUUUGACUCUUGCAGUCAUUGAGGACACUUUGGAGGGGAUUUUUCCUUUAACCCCGUGGUAACGUUCCUCUACUCUGAGGCAUCCCUCACCAGGAAAACGAGCGUGAAGAGAUGCCAAACCAAUAUCUAAAAGGAAGCACAGAUGAGACUGACAAAAGUGAAGAUGAUGUUCCUACUGAUGGAAAAGUUGAGAAAGACAGUAAAACAAAAGAGAAGGAGAAAAAGCCUAAAAUGGUCAGCCCACUGGCUUUGUUUCGCUUUGCAAGUUGUGCAGACAAACUUCUAAUGGUGCUUGGUAGUGUUGCUGCUUUAAUUCACGGAGCUGGCAUGCCUCUCAUGGUCAUCGUAUUUGGACAGAUGACGGACAGCUUUGUCAACCAUGAAAUUGCACAAAACCUGUCAGCUUUUGGAGAACAGUAUGUUCAAGUGAGUAGUAAUGCUUCCGAGACAUUAGAGGAACAGAUGACAAGAUUUUCCUAUUACUACGUGGGCUUAGGGGCAGCUGUUCUGGUUGCAGCCUAUAUCCAAGUUUCCUUCUGGUCAUUAACUGCAGCAAGACAGACACAAAAGAUAAGAAAGACUUUUUUUCAUUCAUUGUUACGGCAGGAAAUAGGAUGGUUUGAUGUAAUUCAGAUUGGCGAACUCAACACCCGUCUAACAGAUGAUAUUGCAAAGAUAAGUGAAGGAAUUGGUGAUAAAAUAGGCUUGCUGAUACAAUCACUAGCCUCCUUUAUAGGGGGUUUUGUGGUUGGCUUUAUCAAAGGAUGGAAACUAGCACUGGUGAUUCUGGCUGUGAGUCCGGUUCUAGGAAUUUGUGCAGCAAUCUGGUCCAAGUUGUUGACUUCGUUCACAAAACAAGAGCAAAAUGCAUAUGCAAAAGCUGGAGCUGUGGCUGAGGAGGCGUUGUCAGGUUUCAGGACUGUUGUAGCUUUUGGAGGACAAAAGAAAGAAGUUGCAAGGUAUGAGAAGAAUUUGAUUGAAGCUAAGAACGUUGGAAUCAAAAAGUCAAUUAGCAGCAAUAUAGCGGUGGGUUUCACCUUCUUAAUGAUCUAUGCGUCGUAUGCCCUGGCAUUCUGGUAUGGAAGUACCCUGAUAUUGGAUGAUAAUUAUACAAUUGGAAAAGUGCUAACAGUGUUCUUUUCGGUGCUGAUUGGGGCAUUUUCUAUUGGCCAGACUUCACCAAAUAUUGAGGCACUUGGCAGUGCAAGGGGAGCAGCCUACAUAGUCUUCAACAUCAUUGAUCAGGAACCAUCAAUUGACAGUUUUUCAGAAAGUGGACAUAAACCUGAUCAAGUUAAAGGAGAUGUUGAAUUUAUAAAUGUGCACUUCAAAUACCCUUCCCGGUCUGAUGUUCAGAUAUUAAAAGGUCUCAACUUGAAGUUGAAAUGCGGGCAAACAGUUGCUCUGGUUGGCAGCAGUGGCUGUGGUAAAAGCACCACCAUCCAACUUCUGCAGAGAUUCUAUGACCCUGAAGAAGGAAUGAUUAUGCUUGAUGGACAGGAUAUCCGAACUUUGAAUGUUAGGCAUCUCAGGGAAAUGAUUGGAGUGGUGAGCCAGGAACCUAUACUCUUUGCAACCACGAUAGCUGAAAACAUUCGUUACGGUCGUCAAAAUGUCAGUAUGACUGAGAUAGAAGAAGCUACCAAGGAAGCUAAUGCAUAUGAUUUUAUUAUGAAACUGCCAGAUAAAUUUGAAACGUUAGUUGGCGAAAGAGGCACACAGCUAAGCGGAGGCCAGAAGCAAAGAAUUGCCAUUGCCCGUGCUCUGGUACGCAAUCCAAAGAUUCUGCUGCUGGAUGAAGCUACAUCAGCUUUAGAUGCUGAGAGUGAAGCUACUGUUCAAGCUGCUCUUGAUAAGGUACGCCAAGGCCGCACUACUAUAGUUAUUGCUCACCGUCUGUCAACAGUCCAAAAUGCAGACCUCAUUGCGGGAUUACAGGAUGGUGUCAUUUCAGAGAUGGGAACCCAUAAAGAGCUGAUGGCGGCAAAAGGAAUUUAUCAUGCGUUGGUGACGACACAGACGUUUAAGGAUGAAGAUGAUGAGACAGAUGAAUUGGCUAAUGAAGCUGAACCUAAGACUGUUGCCACAAAGCCACUGCGAAGGCGGUCAACACGUGCCAGCAUGAAAAAGCCAGGAACAGCUACAGAAAACAAGGAUGCUGAUGUUGUUCCACAGGAUGAAAAUCUUCCCAACAUGUCCUUUCUGCAUAUUCUUAAGAUGAAUAAGACCGAAUGGCCGUAUAUACUUGUGGGAACAUUCUGUUCUAUUCUAAAUGGUGUCCUGCAGCCAGCAUUUGCCUUAAUAUUUUCCGAAAUUAUUGCUGUUUUCGCUAAUACAGACAAAAACCAUAUUCGCCAGCAGAGUACACUUUUUUCGCUGUUAUUCCUAGCACUUGGAGGUAUCUCCUUCAUCACAUUUUUUCUACAGGGUUUCACAUUUGGCAAAUCUGGAGAGAUACUGACACUGAGACUCCGAUACUUGGCCUUUAAGGCAAUGAUGCGACAGGAUGUUAGCUGGUUUGAUGAUUCUAAGAACGGCACCGGAGCAUUGACUACCAGACUUGCUACUGAUGCAUCUCAAGUUAAAGGGGCUACGGGUGUCAGACUUGGUUUGAUUUCACAGAAUACAGCUAAUCUAGGAUGUUCAAUUAUUAUUUCCUUCGUCUAUGGCUGGCAGCUGACACUGUUGAUCUUGGCUAUUGUGCCAAUCUUGGCAUUAGCAGGACUGAUACAAAUGAGAAUGCUCACGGGACAUGCCAACAAAGACAAGUCUGAACUUGAGAAAGCAGGAAAGAUUGCUACAGAGGCAGUCGAAAACAUUCGAACUGUUGUAGCUCUAACAAGGGAACGAAAGUUUGAAGAAAUGUAUGAAGAAAACAUGAAAGUUCCUUCCAGGAAUUCAAUAAAGAAGGCUCACGUUUACGGAAUCACCAGUGCAAUUUCACAAGCAAUUGUCUACUUUGCCUAUGCAGCAUGUUUUCGAUUUGGGGCCUGGCUGGUGACAAAUAAUUACAUGGCUUUCCGGGAUGUUUUCCUUGUAUUCUCAGCAAUUGUAUUUGGAGCUAUGGCUUUGGGACAGACCAGCUCAUUUGCACCAGACUACGCAAAGGCCAAGAUCUCAGCAGCCCACAUCAAAAUGCUGCUUGAUCAAACACCAUCUAUAGACAGCUACAGUGAAAGUGGGGAUGUUCCUGCAUCUUUUGAAGGAAUAGUGAAGUUCGAGGAUGUUGGCUUUAACUAUCCUACUCGACCUGAUAUGAUGGUGUUGCAAAAUUUGACACUUUCAGUUGGGAAGGGGCAAACCUUGGCUCUAGUGGGGAGCAGUGGCUGUGGGAAAAGUACCACUGUACAGCUGCUGGAGAGGUACUAUGAUCCACUACGUGGAAGAGUGUUUUUAGAUGGGCACAACAUGAAGGAUCUCAAUAUUCAGUGGGCCCGGGCACAGAUGGGUAUUGUGUCCCAGGAACCUGUUUUGUUUGACUGCAGUAUUGCUGACAACAUUGCUUAUGGAGACAACAGCAGAGUUGUGUCCCAGGAGGAGAUAGAGGUUGCAGCCAAAGCAGCAAACAUACAUAUGUUUAUUGAAACUCUGCCUCAGAAAUACAAUACGUGUGUUGGAGACAAGGGUGCCCAGCUCUCUGGAGGUCAGAAACAGCGUGUUGCCAUUGCUCGAGCCUUAGUCCGAAACCCCAAGAUCCUCCUCUUGGAUGAAGCUACUUCAGCACUGGAUACAGAAAGUGAAAUGAUCGUCCAAGAAGCGCUGGAUAAAGCAAGAGAGGGACGUACCUGCAUUGUUAUAGCUCAUCGCCUGUCUACCAUCCAGAAUGCUAAUAAAAUAGCAGUGUUUAGCAAUGGCCGGAUUGCAGAGGAAGGAACACAUCAUCAGCUUCUUGCUAACCAGGCUCUAUACCACAGUCUAGUGACAGCACAAAUGGGAAAAAACUGAGUGACUUAAGGAAAGAAAAAGAAAAUGAAAUUACUGCAAUGCAGUCAUUGAAAAAUUGUAAAUUAGUAGUUCAGUUGUAAUUUCUGUUAAAUACCAAUGAAAAAGUAAACCCAUGGAACAACACUUUUCUUUUAAUUUCUGAAGCUCCCUUAACAUCAAAAGAAUGGCCAAAGAUGAUUUAAGCUAACUUUAUCUUCACCUUGACAAUACAAAUUAUUAUCGCAAUUUACAUUUAUACUAAAGUGUUGGAGUGAAAUCAGCCACCUGAAUGUUAAUCAAAUCUCAAACAAAAGCAAAGUAGUGCAGAGACAGGAUAUCUGAAGUAAAAACAGAAAAUGCUGGAGGACCUCAGCAGAGGUGAGAGAAACAGAAUUGAUAUUUUGAGUCCAAUAUAACUCUUCUUGGAACACCAAGUCUCUGCAUUUCUGAUUUUUUUUGUUAAACUCGUUUUGUAAUCUGUUUAGAAAAUGUUAGAUAUGUAAGGUUAAAAUCAAAUGUGCUCCCAGGUUUCUUGGACUAAUAUUAAUGCAUAUGAUGGUUGGCCUGAAAGGGUUAACCCAACAGUGUAUCUUCUGCCGCUGCAUUGGCACAGGAAUUCAGCGCCAUUGGCAUUAUCAAUUUGCGCCUUGAACUAGAAGCCAGUGCUGACUUAACCCAUAUCCAUUUGUUUGGUGUUGCUAAUGCCCAAGAAAUCCUUGCCACUGUCACUGCAGUAGCAGGUUUUGUCAGCCGCUGUCACUUUAUUGUCCUAUUUUUUGAUGCAAGCACCUUGCUGCUUUGUUACUGGCAGUGACCUUAAAGGCACCACAACUGCUUGGGUAGUGAGUGUAGCCCCAGCAGUUGGAGUGGUAUAAAGUCCAUGCUUAACACAAAGCUUUGCAUAGCUACACCCACUGAGAUAUAUAACAGUCUUCAGGAGGAGCUAGUCAGUGGUGUUUGUGUGUUAUUCUGAAGUCCUCUUUAGUCUCUUUUUAAAGUUAGCAAUGACAUACCUUAAGCCUUGACCUGUAUCUCCUUAGAAGACACCAGAGUGUUGGAACCUUCACAAUUUAAAAUGAGCAGUUUGAUUUCAACACAGAAAUGCAGAGCGUUAUUGCAUGUUGAUGCAGAUUCAAGAUUAUGGAUACUUUAGACAGCAAGUUAAAUUGGUCAGCAUGGAAGAAAUCCUUCCUGAGACAGAUUUGCUUCAGAUCAGCAGAGCAAAUGACAUGCCAAAUAUGUUCAAGCACUGCUUUAGUCUGUGGGACCAUGAGCAGACCAUGUUAUUAACAGACAAAUAAAUAAAGAAAAUGCUGAUGCCUUUGAUGUCUUAAAAACGUGACAACUAUUUUACUUAGAGAAUCAGUUAAGGAACAAGCAAAAUUCAAUAAAAAUAACAAUUUCUGGGGGAACCUUUAUCGAUGAUCUUUCUACUUUACCUGAAGCUCAUGAAUGUGGAGCAUGACAACCAGAACUAAUCAGAGACAGAAUUGUCAUUUGAAGUUUUGGUUAGUCUCUUCUACCUCUUUUACAGUUUAAUGAAUAUCUCACACUUGAAAGUGCUAAUCAGAUUGUGUUCGAAGCUGAGAUUUCAAAAAGACAAAUUUUGUGGAAUAGAAGGACAAAUUUAUUUCAGAAGUAAAACCUUUGAACAUUAUAAGAUACAAACACACCAAGCAGUCACAAGACAAAUCAACACAAAUGGUCUUUAAUUUCUUUGAUGCUGCUGGGAGGCAUAGACCAAGGAAUAGAGCAAAGAAAAACUCACAAAAGCAAUGUCCAGCUCUAUCUCAAGAGUGUCGUCAUUGCAAAAAAGUGAGACAAUCUCAAAAAUGUGCAAAGAACAGAAACAAUGCUGGUGCCAUAAGUCAAUGCAUUAUUGCAAACACUAUUAGAAAAGUUGGACUCCCUAGAUAAUAUUAGGAGGAAGUGAGGACUGCAGAUGCUGGAGAUCAGAGCUGAAAAUGUGUUG